AUGUCAAAUAUGCCUCUAACUAUCCCAGGUUUUCCGCACCCUGAUAUUAAUAACGAGCGCGAGGUCGAGGUCCUGCAGUUUGUUGAGGUUCCCGAGAGAAGUUGGAAUGACGCCAACGAGGUUGCAUUGGGUAAGCCAGAGAACCUCGAGGUUGGUAAGGUUCCCAAGCUCUGGAGGGAUCCGACCCGGGAAGAAGGGGUUAUUGGAGACGAGGGAGAGGACUUGGAGGUUCUGGAAGGUUCCGAAGGAGUCCAGGAUGGGGCCGGAGAAGUUGUUGCCGGUGAGGUCGAGGUAGCGGAGGUUGGGGAGGAGCGGGAGCGUGGCAGAGAGGAGACCAGUGAGGAGGUUCUGGGAGAGGUCGAAGUAGCGGAGAUUGCGGCAGAGGGAGAUGUCGAGAGGGAGCGUUUGGUUGAUGGAGUUGUCCAAUGCUGUUACAGUGGUGUUCGAAGCGUCGCCGGCAUAGGUCACUCCAUACCAGUUGCAAGGGGUGGUGUCCCUUGA